AUGGAGAAAGUUGCUGUCUUGGCGGGUCACCCAAACAACAGCCGAGCCGCGCGGGAAAGGAUGUCUCGCCGUAAAAAUCUUGCCGGCCUGUGUGCGGCUACCGUCGUGUGCAUUCUGCUGCUGUACGCCAGCCAGCGGUACACGUCGAACAGCUACGGCACGGAGUACUUCCGGCCGCGGGAACGUCCGGCCAAUCAGCGAAUGCUCAACUCCCACAAGUACUACGGGUCACGAUCAUACGGGGGAGCUGCUGCAGGAAGAGGAGGCGAAGGAACAUCGUACGAUACGUACCCACCAAUGCCAACCGCACACAAUUCCACCAUCUCCAUAGACGAUGUGUUAAGCUAUCAGCGGGCACUGAUAGCAGCCGAAUGUACUGACAGUUCCUACGGCGAUCGAAAGCUUCCGGACGGGUUGACGCCUGAAACGGGCGGCAAACCGACGCGCAGCAUCAUCGUCACCACCUGGCGCUCCGGUUCAACGUUCCUGGGGGACAUACUGAAUGCGCUGCCCGGCAAUUACUACCACUACGAGCCGCUGCUGGACUUCGACAUCGUGCAGAUCCGCGGCCCGCCCAAUGACAGUGUCGCGCUGCACAAUCUGCGCCAUUUGCUGCACUGCGACUACACCGAGAUGGAGAACUACCUCGAGUUUGGCCGUACGCACAACUAUCUGUUCAGCCACAACACCCGGCUCUGGCAGCAGUGCGUCCGGUUUCCACAGUAUUGCUACGAGCCACGAUUUCUCGGACCGUUCUGCCGGUUGUUUCCCCGCCAGAGCAUGAAGGUGGUACGGUUGCGGGCCGCACUCGUGACACCGUUGCUCGAGGAUGAAAGCCUUAACGUACGUGUGGUGCUACUAAUACGAGACCCGCGGGGGUCGAUGCAGUCGCGAAAGCACCGUGUCUGGUGUCCCGGACGGCCGGAUUGUGACGAUCCCAGCACGGUUUGCAGUGAUAUGCAGCUGGAUUAUGAGGCGGCAAUCGAGCUGAUCAAACGCUUUCCACGACGGUUUCGCGUUGUGCGGUACGAAGACUUGUCGCUGAACCCGUACAAGAUGACCAAAGAAAUACUGCAGUUCUACGGGCUUCCAUACCAUCCGGAGGUGAAAAUGUUUCUCGACACGCACACGAAACAGGACGUCGGUGGCGUUAGUUCGACGUAUCGCGAUUCCAAAUCGGCACCGUUCCACUGGACGAAGGAUCUAACGUUCGACGAGGUAAAAAUCAUCCAGGACAGUUGCGUGUCGGCCAUGAGAAGCUGGGGCUACCGGAAUGCAACCAGCGAGCGGGAACUGUACGACAACUUUAACCCACUGCUCCCGUACAGUGUUUCGUGA